CGCUGAUCACUCGGAAUGUGCAUGACGACUGAUAUAGAACUCUUUUUGUCAAAGUGGUCUAAACGAUUGAAGGAAUGUCUAGUUGAAGUGUGAACAAAAAUGGACGCCGAGGUAAACAGCGGAAAUAACGCAUCAAAAAUAUUCCAAGAGGUAUUACAAAACAAUAUCGGCAUCGUUAUCGAAAAGUCGGAUACGGGAACAGAAAGUAUAGUUUCUGCGUCGCAAAAUGAUAAGGUCAAUGAAACGAUAAGAGAGACAGAAGAAAGGACAAGGCAAUGCUCAUUGUGCAAGAACUUCUCUAGCGUGUUGCCAGAAGCUGCAUCAUUGUGUUUGGGCGACUAUACAUGUUCCCAGUGUGUUGAACCGCAGUUUGUGGAAGAUCCGUCGUCCAAACACAGUCAUAUUUUAAAGGAAGAGUGCAAUGUCCGUCAAUCAUUUGAUGGUAAUACGAUUGCCCCCGAGAGAUGUUUGACUGGUGCACAAUUCGCUGCUGGGAAAUUGGAUGAAACCAAAGUAAAUUGUCACGAAGAAAAUACACGACACAGCCAACACAACAAGCAAAUAUGUGUUGAAACUUUGGAAGAAAAUGCAACGCAGCAUCAUGCUUUGAAUCAAAAUGGUUCUUAUCCAGAACAUGUUAAAAGAGUAAAUGUUUUGAGGCCGAACCAAGUUGCACCAACUGAAAACAACGUUGGCGUUCAUAUAUUAUGGUGUGAACCAUGUAGAGCACAACAAAAAACCGUCAUUGCCCGUGUUUACUGUGAAGAGUGUGACAAUGAAUGCCUUUGCGAGACGUGUGAAAAACAUCAUAAGAUUCAGAAAUCAACUAAACAACAUGUGCUGAAAGAUAUAAAUCACUAUAUAAAUCAAUCGACCGACAAAUUACAAAUGUGUGAGCCAUGUGAAUCCCUAAGGAAGUCGAGUCCAGCGUUCUUUUUCUGUAAAGAAUGCGAACAUGAAUUGUUGUGUGAGGAAUGCGGAAAUCAGCACGCUUAUCAAAAAUCAACUCGAGAUCAUCGGUUGCAAUCCAUAAGCAGCAACGUUCAAGAAUCGAAUUUUCAUCAAACCAAACAGGUAACUAUGUUCUGUGAACCAUGUCAAGCACAAGAGAAGAAAAAUCGAGCGUCCGUAUUUUGUGAGGAUUGCGAUAGUGAAUGUCUUUGCGAGACAUGUGAAAAACACCACAGAUCUCAGAAGUUCACGCGAGAUCAUAAAUUGCACGAUAUCAGCAAAUACACUGUAUCUGCAAUAGCUAGUAUAAGUGAACAACAAAAAUUGUUUUGCGAGCCAUGCAAAGCACAAGAUACUAGAAGUCCAGCGGUUUUCUUCUGCAAACAGUGCGAUAACGAGCUGCUUUGUGAACCAUGUGGGAAAUAUCAUACAUUUCAAAAGUCAACUAAAAAACAUAUUUUGCAAGAUGUAAGCAACUACGGGGAAACCGAACCUGAUUAUACCACCGAUACAAAAUUGUUGUUUUGCGAUCCAUGUAAAGCACAAGAAAAAGACAGUAUCGCUUCUUUCCUCUGCAUUGAAUGUGACAAUGAACUGUUCUGCAAACCUUGCGGAAAAUUUCACAGUUCACAGAAAUUUACUCGAGGACACCAUUUACAAGACAUAAGCAAAUGUUUGACAAAUACAAAUGCUACGGAAAAGAAACAGAUUCUAUGCGAGCCAUGCCAAGCACAAGAAAGGACAAAUCCUGCAUUUUUCUUUUGCAAAGAUUGUGGUAAUGAAUAUCUUUGCGAAACAUGUGGAAAAAAUCACAAUUCACAGAAAGCCACUCGAUUACACACGUUGCACGCUAUCAGCAAGUUUGCGGAAGGAACGAUUUUUAAAUUACUUAAUAGCCAAUAUAAGUUCUGUCGACGAUGUAAAGCUCAUGACAAAGACCGUAUCGCAUCUUUCUUUUGCACUGAAUGUGAAAAUGAGCUACUUUGUGAAGCCUGCGGGAAACAUCAUAGUUUACAAAAAUUAACAGAAGGCCAUACAUUGAAAAGAAUCAACAUGAUUGCGGUAAAUGUGAAUGAUGGCAUAACAAAACAGAAGAUUAAUUGCGAGCCAUGUCAAGCCCAAGGUAAAGUAACUCCAGCGUCUGUAUUUUGUGCUGAAUGUGAUAAUGAAUGUCUGUGUGAAUCAUGUGGCCGGUAUCACAGUUCACGGAAAGCAACUCUUGGACAUGGUUUGCAAGACAUUAUCAUGUACUUGAAAGUGGCUGUUGCUAAAAACGCUGAAGAACAAAAAUUGGUAUGUGAGCCAUGCAAAGCUCAGGAGAUUAACACUUUAGCAACGGUCUUUUGUGUUGACUGUGAUAACGAAUUACUGUGUGGACCAUGUGGUAAAUAUCACAAUUCGCGUAAAUCAACACGAGACCAUUACCUGCAAGAUUUACGCCUGUACGCAGAAGUAGUAGAAAAUCCUUCGAGUGGAGAAGUCGCCGGGGCGCAAAAGUUCUUUUGUGAACUAUGCAAAGGGCAUGGAAAAUUGAACCCCGCGGUAUUCGUUUGUUCAGAAUGUGAACAUGAAUUGUUUUGCGAGAAUUGUGGGAACUACCACAAUGUGCACAAAAAAUUUAGUAACCAUUUACUGCAGAAAAUUGAUCAUCGUCAACGCAUAAUUAUGGACAGCUCAUCUGAUUCUAUUGAGAUGAACACACCCGGUCGCCCCGUUGCAAGUAACAUAGGUUCUGAUACAGUAACUCUUUCUUGGACAAAGCCUGGAAGAUUCAAAAAGGGAGAUUAUUUUCAAAUUGGAUGCAGAGAAUGCAACGAGUCUAGGUGGAAAAUAUGUCACGAUAAUAUUGAAGAGAAUUCAUAUGUACUGAAAAACUUAAAGUCCAAAUCGAGCUUAGUAUUUCGCAUUCGGGCAAUAUAUUGUGAUUUCGAAAGCAAUUAUAGCGAAGAAAGUGACGUAGUAACAACACCAAGUUCACCAGCAUCACGGAUGGUUGAGUUUUCAACCGUAUGUGGUGAUAAAGAUAGAUUACCCGUUUCUUAUUCAGUACCUUUGAACGAAAUAAGAUCUGCAAGGAAUAAUAACGGAAAGACCCGGAAAUUUGAAAUCGGUUCUUCUAGAACUAGCAAAUAUUGCGAGAAGACUAUUUUGCUUAUCGGUGAAACUGGGACAGGGAAAAGUACCCUUGUUGAUGGAAUGGCAAACUUCAUAAUGGGCGUCAAUUGGAAUGACCCAUUUCGAUUCACCAUGGUUAAUCUAGAGGACGAGGAAAGACAGAAAUUGGUAAAUCAGGCUAUUUCACAGACGGAAUGGAUUACUAGCUAUACCAUGUAUCCGCAAGACGGCGGUAGACUCAAAUACGCCAUUAAUAUCAUUGAUACGCCAGGAUUUGGCGACACUCGUGGGUUCCAGAGAGAUCAGGAAAUCAUAGAACAAAUCCGCGAGCUGUUUUCAGUGCAGCCACCUCAAGGAGUUGCAAUUAUAGAUGCUGUAUGCUUUUUAAUUAAAGCUCCUGAUGCAAGAUUGACACCGACACAAAGCUAUAUAUUUCAAUCGAUUAUGUCUUUAUUUGGUAGAGACAUUGAGGAAAAUAUAUGUUCGCUGAUUACAUUCGCCGACGGCCAGGAACCACCUGUUAUUGCAGCACUGAAAGAGUCGAAACUACCCUUUGGCAAAUAUUUCACCUUCAAUAAUUCGGCUUUGUUUGCAAGAAACUCAGAGUUGGACCAAUCCAGUUUGACUCCCAUGUUCUGGGACAUGGGUUUAAAAAGCUUCCAAAAUUUUUUUCAUCACUUAGACAGUUUACAUUCAAAAAGUUUACAGUUAACCAGUAAUGUUUUAAAUGAACGGUUCAGGUUGGAAGCAACUGUUAGGAAUCUUGAGCCGUUGCUGGAUGCCGGUCUUACAAAAAUAAAUGCACUGAAAUCUGAGAUACAGUGUUUUGAAGAAAAUAAAGCGAUUAUUGCUGACAAUAAGGACUUUAAAUACACAGUGCAGACCACUAAACAGUUAAAAAAAGAUCUUCCAGCGGGUCAGCAUGUCACAAAUUGCAUACAAUGUAACAUGACCUGCCACGAGAAUUGUCAAAUUCCAAAUAACGAAGAAAAGCGAAAAUGUUGGGCAAUGGAUAAGAAAAGCGGGAACUGCAGGAUUUGUCCUGACAAUUGCUUUUGGGAUAAACACGCGAACACGCCAUAUAUAUUUGAGUUUAUCGUUGUCGAUGAAGAAAAAACGUAUGCUGAAAUGAAAAAGAAAUACGAAAAGGCAACAGGGCAACUAUUAAGUCAAGAGCAGCUUAUUACGCAAAUGGAUAAAGAGCUAAAUGGUGUGGUAGAUUUGGUCGAUGACAUGAUGGAAACCGUCAACGAAUGUAACACCCGACUUGCCGUAAUAGCGCUCAGACCCAAUCCGCUUACUAUUACAGAACACAUAGACUUGCUUAUCGAAAAUGAGAAGAUGGUGAAAAGAAAUGGUUGGUUUGAACGGGUGAAAACAUUGCAAAUGCUGAGGAAGCGUGCACAAAUCGUAGACAACGUUGAUCAUUUCAGACAACAAGCUACUUCGUGUGUGAAAGUAAUAAGAAAAAGGGCUAAGGGGAAAAAUAUAUUUAAACGUGCAUGGAAUUAUUUUGGUAGGUAAUAUAAUAUUUUAACGGAAAUAAAGGCCCAUGUUUUUACCGCAAAGCUUUAAUCACAAUAAGCAUUGUUAAAUAUCAUUUAUAUCACCAGUGAAAAAAAAACAAAUAAUCUUAUGGCAGAUAUUUGAGCAUUUUAUGAACUUGACAUGAUAUAAAUACGGUGAAAUAAACAUGUACUUGUUUUGUUUAACUAAAUCUGUAGUUUGUUUUAAUAACGCAUCACCUUCACACGCCAUAUACUUAGAAUUUGCCCCACCCUUGUAUAAUAAGUAUGUAAGCUAUUGUUGUAUUUUAUUUAUUUAUGUAUUUAUUUUGGUUUUCCGUACACUAUUACUAUUUUAAUACGCAUGAUUUAUUCGGCGAGUAUACAAAACGUCAUUUAACUACUUACAGCACAAACAUUGCGUAUUAGGCUGUAAUAUUGCGCUUUGUUAAAACAAAAUGUUUUCGGAUAUUGCCAAAAAGAUACUGUAUAACGUGGGUGGCGGAAAACUACAACGGUCGAGGCAUGGUCAGGGGUGCUAACCCCAAAAAAGGGUAAGGGUAAGGGUUAGGGUUCGGGGUCGGGUUAGGGUUAGGGUUGGGUUUAGGCUAACCCAAACCCUAACCCGACCCCUAACACUAACCCUAACCCUCUAACCCCCCCCCCCUUGCGCAAUACCAUACCAUGCCUCCCCCGUUGUCGUUUUCCGCCUCCCGUAUAACGUUUGUUAAAGAAUAAGAAGCCCUAUGUAGCCUGUCGACAAAACUUUUAUUUUCUUAUUGUUUGUUGUUAAAUAUUUCUGUUUUUAAAGUUGUGCUAUUGCAAAUGCCACUUUGUAAGCGAAUUUUCACAUGAUUGCCAUUGCUUGUUCUGUUAUAUCCCAUUAAAAUAAUGUAAUUUAUGACAUACAAAUAUGCUUGUUAAAAGACAUUGCUUAUACAAAACAUAUAUAUAGGUUGUUUAGUUUUGUAUUUGAACUAAAACCUGAUUGACGCUUCAUUGAUUAACGCUUUGAACUAUUGUGUAAAUUGUUUGCUUAGUUAGCCGUGUCAUUUUAAAGGGGCCUUUUCACGUUUUGUUAAAUUGAUAAAAUUAAAAAUGUGUUUCAGAUUCGCAUAUUUUCGUUGUAGUUCUGAUAUUUGUGAGAAAACGGUAAUACUGAACAUUUACCAUGCUAUAAAUUAUCUUUUGACGAUUUAAAAACCAGGAAAUUAUAAAGCGUUGCAACGCGAAACGAUUGAAAACUUUGGAGAGUUCUGGUGUUGUCGUUGUAUUUUGUGAGGAUUGGUUAUAUAAAUUAUUUAAUACGGCACUAAAUGUAUGAGCACGGAAGGUCGAGUGGUCUAAGUGAUAGACUUUUACUCCAGGGGUCAGUGGUUCGAUCCGAGUUGAGGGUUACUUUUUUUCUUUCUUUAAUUUUAUUCUUGUUUUUUUUUACUGAUCCAAUGUUCGCAUUAAUCAAUAUAAAGCAUUUAAUAACAAACUUCAAUACAUGCCAAAAUCUGUAAAAAGGUCCCUUCAAUCUUAUUUCAUAUAUGAUAUAUGUAUAAAAUACAAUAUGCAAAAAAAAUCGUAAACAUAGUAUGUGGUAUAUUGUGAGAUGAAUGUUACAUUGCGAGAGGAUGUUUAGGGCAAUCGUGCUAGCAAGUAUAUGUAGUGUGUAUGAUGCAAAUGUUUGGUAAACUAGUUUGCCUAUUGUGUCUUGCUGUUUUUUUAACCAUUUACUAGUAUAUCGGUGCAUAUCAGAAUGCGAUACAAAUGUCAUCACAUAGUUUUAAUUUAUCUGUUAGUAUGGAGCAAAUGUAUUAAUGUGUUCCCUCGUAUCUCUCUUUCGGUCACUGGCAAAUGAAGGCAAAAAUAAAGGUUAACUAAACGUGAAAGAUUACAAACAUCAAGCCAAUCCUUUGUAGUAUAAGAGUUAAUUCUAGUUUGAUUUCUGUUAACAGUAAUUUGAUAUAGUUCCAUGUGGCGGAUUGGUAUGCACUGAAGAUUUGGGUGACGGCGCACUAGGUUCAAAACAAGCCUGAACGAUUGUUCAGUAAGAUAUUGUGUUAAUUUGCCAUGUAUCAAAUACCAUUUGUUUGCAAUAAAUCAAGCUUGCCGAAAUCUG